ACUCCCCAAAUUGAUACGACUUUCGUGUUCACUUGACAUGGAUUCAAUCUGGUUGUUGCGAAUACAAUGCAUGUGCGUUGAGAUUGUCUGUUGUGUUGUUGUUGUUUUUGCUCACCAAAUUUUUGUGAUAAAGAACUAGAGAAGAGACAAUGACAUCCAUAACAAUGAGACAAAAUCUUGGUGGUUAUCAACAUUCAAUGUUAUUGGAUUCAGAUGAUGAGGAUGAUGAAGAAAUUGCCUUUGGUACAUUUCGUGCCGCUGUUGUUGGGAUUCGUUACUACCGUGGUCAGGUGAAUAACCAUGAAAUGGUUGCAUUGAGACGUGAACCAAAUAAUAAGUAUGAUAGAAAUGCUAUACGAGUUGAUAAUGUUUAUGGUCAACAAGUUGGUCAUAUCAAAAGGGAGCAAGCUGCAGUAUUAUCACAAAUGGUGGAUAGAAAAUAUGCUAAGAUUGAAGGAGUUGUUCCCUUUGGAAGUAACAACCAGUUUACGAUACCAUGUGAAAUUACUUUGCGUGGCUCACCCACCAAUGCCGAACAUUGCAAAAGUGAAAUGAAAAAAAGAGGAUACCCAUUACGAUUUCCUGGCCAGGAAAGUCAGCCUGGUCAUAAAGGUACACCUCAAGCUUCAUAUAAAGCCAAAAAUAACACAACACGUGAAUUAGUAAAGAUACCUCAACAAAAGAUGAAGCAUGAGUUAGACAAUUUAUUUGCAAAUAUUAUUGAAGCUGAUAAACAAAAAAUAAUGGAACCAAGCAAUGUUGUAAGAACACCGUUGUUUCCACACCAGAAACAAGCUCUGGCAUGGAUGGUCUCGCGAGAGAACACUGAUGAACUUCCACCUUUUUGGGAACAAACAAAAACCGGUCUAUACAAAAGUUCUCUUACCAAUUUUCAAACUACCAAAAAGCCUUGUGACGUGCUUGGUGGUGUGUUAGCUGAUGAUAUGGGCUUGGGAAAAACUCUGUCUAUCAUAUCACUUAUCGUUACCAACUUCAGAAAGGAAAAACCUCUGGUAACAAUUGAUAAAUCUGUUCUUGUGACAGUAGAGAAAUCUAAGGUACAUUUUCAGAAUAAAAACACGAAGGAUAAAACUAACGUCAAGAAGAAACGCAGAAAAAAAUGUGUAACCAACCAAUUCGAUGAAUGCGAGAAAAAGAUUUGUUUAAUGAAAGAAGAUUUAUCUGAGGUGGAAGAAGAUGAACCUGAGUUACCUUCUUUUGAUGUGAAAGAAGAUGUCGAUUAUAAGCCAGCUUUUGAAGUAGCAAGUAAAGAAGUUGAAACAAUAUCUUCUCACAGACCAAAAAGAAAAGCAACUAGAAAUCCAAAAUACAAUUUUGAAAAUGAUGAUUGGUUAUUGGAUAGUCCUGAAAAACCAAAAAGAAAAAAAAGAAACAAAGAAAACACACCCAAACCAAAAACUGAAGAAUGCAAGAUGGAAGUGGUAGAAGAUUUACCAGACUGUACUAUUACUCAUGUGGAGGAUAUUAAAGAUGGAUUAGAAGAAAGACACGAUGCAAUGCAAUACAAAGUUACAAAAACAGAGAUGGCUGGUCCACGAGCAACAUUAAUUGUUUGCCCACUCUCAGUUUUACCAAGUUGGCAAGAACAAUUUGAGAUGCACACUGAACAAGGAGCCAUCGAAGUUCACACAUAUUAUGGUGGAGAUAAGAUUAAAAAUUCAAACGUUCUCAGUCAAAAAGACGUUGUCUUGACUACGUACCAGACAUUAAGCUCUGAUUACACAAAGAAAAAUUCUCCCCUCACUAAGACCACGUGGUUACGCAUUGUUCUCGAUGAAGGUCACGUGAUACGUAAUGCAAAAUCCAACCAAUCAAAGGCUUGCCACGCUUUGAGUGCCGAACGGCGUUGGGUUAUUACUGGCACGCCGAUUCAAAAUUCUAUAAAGGACUUAUGGUCUGUGAUUUGUUUUUUGCGCUUGGAACCUUUCACAGAAAAAGAAUGGUGGCAAAGAACGAUACAAAGACCGAUAUCCAAUGGAGAGAAAUCUGCGUUGAGUCGUCUUCAAUGUAUUGUAAAGAAGAUUGCGAUGCGUCGAACGAAAACUCAAGAGGUGAAGGGAAAGAAAAUUGUUGAGUUACCCCAACGGACGGUAUUUAUACAGAAGAUUCAAUUAUCGUCAGAAGAAAGAAAGCUGUACGAGACGUUUAAAAAUGAAGGAAAGAACAUUAUGAAAAGAUAUGUCGCCGAGAAGAACUUGCUCAGCAAUUACGCACAUGUGUUGGUCAUUUUGAUGCGGCUAAGACAGUUAUGUUGUCAUCCGAAACUUUGCGCACAAAUCCUAGAUCUAGUUUCCAAUAUGGCAAAAUCUUCAUCCGCAACACCAGACGAACUUAAGAAAAAACUGCAACAAAUUUUGGCAGUGCUGCUUAGCUCUGGAGAUGAAGAAUGUCCUAUUUGCUUGGACUCGCUUAACCAGCCUGUUAUUACACAUUGUGCGCAUUUAUAUUGCAGACCGUGUAUCGAAAGCGUGAUUCAAACAGAUGCGCGCGCAUGUGCAAAGUGUCCCAUGUGUCGAGGCGAUAUUGAUAAAACAAAGUUGGUUGAACCAGCUUUGGAGGAGAGUGUUGUGGAGAAGAAGAGUGAAGAUACCUGGAACUCUAGUUCAAAGGUUGAUGGAUUGAUUACGUUACUAAAUCGAGAAAAAGAAGAAGAUCCGUUACGAAAAAGUUUAGUUGUAUCUCAGUUUUCAUCGUUCUUGGAUCUUCUUGAAAAACCUUUACAACAGUCAGGCUUUCAUUUUGUCCGACUUGACGGUAACAUGACGUUACGUCGCAGAGCUGACGUGAUUAACAUGUUUUCACAAACCGCGGUAGAUUCGCCAAGAAUUAUGUUGUUGUCGUUAAAAGCUGGAGGGGUUGGCAUCAACUUGACGGCUGCAACAAGAAUCUUUUUAAUGGAUCCAGCAUGGAAUCCAGCUUCUGAGGAGCAAUGUUUUGAUCGCUGCCAUCGAUUGGGUCAAACAAAAGAAGUAAAAAUUUUUAAGUUCAUAGUGAAAGACUCUGUGGAGGAGCGCAUGUUGGAACUACAAGACAAAAAACGUGCAUUAAUGGCUGGUGCUUUUGGUAAAAAAAUAACAGCGAAGGAGAAACAAGAGCGCCGCAUCUUAGAUGUACAACAUCUCUUCACAUAAGUUUUAGGGUUUGCUGUAUCACGCCAGACAGUAUUUUUGAGUCAUUUUCUGGCGCUCCUCCUAGGUGAACCGCUCUCUUCUCUGGCAAAAAUUUGAAGUUGACACUGAUCUUGUAUUCUUUAAAAGAGUUUUGUUUUUUGGUUUCAUAUUUUGUGUUUUGUCAUGAAAUCGCAAAUUUUAGUUCCUGCGAAAUUUCCACCAAAACAGCGAAAGCUACUGGGAAUUUUAAUUUUGAAAAAAAGUGUCUUAUUCUUAGUUUUUAAAUGUACAAGAUAUAUUUUCUUGCUUAUAUGUGGUUGUAUAGUUUUGAUAUAGAUGUAUUUUUUGUUUGUUUUUUAAAUAAACUGUAGAUAUUUUACACGUGUUUUUUCGUAACCAAAACCGGAUUUGACUUUACCGCUUAAACCACAACGUGUUGUAGGCGGUACGUCUUGGUAAAG